UAUUGGAAUUCUCGUUCUGUGUUUGUAAAUGAAACAUGAAAUAAAAAAAAAUUUAAACUAAUCAAAGUGAUAUCGAUUCGAUAAGGAGUCUACCUUAAAUAUUAUCAAAUCACUAUCGGUAAUUGGAUCGAUCCUUCAGCCCCGUACGGGAUGAGUGACAAACUAGCUAGCACAAUAAGACAUUUAAUGUGUUCUUUAGUGGAUUAUUGUGGUUUAAUUAUGGUAGCGAAGUCGGAUUGGCACACAACACAAAAGCUCUUCCUGCAUUCUUGAAGCAUGGCGGGCAUGUUGGGGCCAUUUCAGAGCAUGUUUUGUCAACCAGGAAGUAAGGAAAAACUGUGACGGCUGAAGGAGGUGUGGCGAGAACGUAGCAGCAACAAAACAGCAUGCAGGUGGAGUAUUUAAGGCUUCACAGGAGACACCGGCUGUAUUACAGCUUACUACCAUGACAGCUACACUUUUGGUGGGGGUCCUCAUCCUAAAUGCUGCAUUCAAGGUCUCAGACAGCCAUGCUCCUGCCUUUGGAGAAGGGGAGGACUAUGAGAUUGUUAGACCUGUUAGACUUCACUCUGUCAGAAGAAGACACACAGAGAACAUCAGGCCAGAGACAAUGAAGUAUGCCAUGACAUUUGGAGGAUUAGAGCAUGAAAUGCAUUUGCAAAGAAACACUGACCUACUCGCCAAAGACUACACGGAGACUUAUUACCAAGAAGAUGGCACACGAGUCACCACAACUCCAAAUGAUAUUGAUCACUGCUACUACCAUGGCAAGAUUGUGAACGACAGAGCAUCAUCAGUCAGCAUCAGCACUUGUGAUGGACUCAGGGGUUACAUCCAGACAUCCGCCCAGAGGUACCUGAUUGAGCCCCUCUCCGGCGAUGAUGAGGGGGAUCAUGCCGUCAUGAAGUUCAACGAGAAGGAUUUCACACCCGGAGUGUGCGGCGUCACCAACACCACGUGGGACGACGAUUUUGAGCCCCCCACAAGCCGUAGUCGCUCCAGAUCAGCGGGUAUAUCUAUUGUUCAGCAACAGAAGUUUCUAGAGCUAGUCCUUGUUGCUGAUAACCGUGAGUAUGAGAAGAUGAAGCGAGAUCAAGCAGCGUUGAGGAAGAGGAUCUUUGAAGUCGUCAACUUUGUCAACAUGGUAUACAAGCCCCUGAGGACCUUCGUUGCUCUUGUUGGUUUGGAGAUCUGGUCAAACGGUGACUUGAUCUCCAUCACUCAUCCGUCUGGAGCGAACCUCAAAGCUUUCAUGAAGUGGAGGAAUUCCGACCUGGCCAAGAGAAUAAAACAUGACAACGCUCAUCUUAUCAGCGGCAUCGACUUUGAAGGCGCAACUGUGGGACUGGCCUAUAUCGGGACUCUCUGUUCAGGCCACUCUGUUGGGGUAGUGCAGGACCAUAAUAAUCGGGCCAUCGCUGUGGGGGCCACCCUGGCCCAUGAGAUGGGCCAUAAUCUGGGCAUGAAUCAUGAUGAUUCCAGUGCUUGUGCCUGUUCUGGUGAUCGCUGCAUUAUGAAUGCAGCCCUCAGCUGGGACGUCCCACGCUCGUUCAGCAACUGCAGCAGCAGUCAUUACGACCGAUACUUGACCAGGCGCACCCCUGGAUGCCUGCUAGACGAGCCAGACUACAUGACUCUGGUAUCACCCUCCGUCUGUGGGAAUGGUUUUGUGGAAAGAGGCGAGGAGUGCGACUGUGGCGUUGAAAAGGAGUGCACCAACCCGUGCUGCAAUGCCACGACAUGUACGCUAAGCGAGGGCUCCCAGUGUGCUGCAGGGGAAUGCUGUAAGGAGUGUAAGAUCCUACCUCCAUCCCACGAGUGUCGAAGUCGUCAGGACGAUUGUGAUCUAGCAGAGUACUGCGAUGGAGAGAGAGCCGCGUGCCCUGAGGAUGUCUUCAAUGUCAACGGCGCCCCGUGCGAUAAAGGUUCGGGUUAUUGCUACGAUGGCCGCUGUCCAAAACGAUCGGACCAAUGCAUCAAAAUGUACGGUGCAGGUGCUACAGUGGCUUCCACUUACUGCUACAACCAGAACAUCAGAGGAACCUACUAUGCCUUCUGCAAACGUCCCUCAGAUGACCAGUACAUCCCCUGCCAGAAAGAAGAUGUGUUUUGUGGGAAGCUCUUUUGUCAAGGCGGGAAGCCCAGCUCAAACUAUGGCCGCAUGGUGAGGUUCGGAGAGUGCAAGGCAACGUUUUAUGGAGACCACACCAAAGACUACGGCCAAGUCGACGCUGGGACCAAAUGUGGCGAAGGAAAGGUGUGCAGCCUGAAUGAAUGUGUGGAUCUUCAAACUGCUUACAGAAACACAAACUGCUCAGCAAAAUGCUCCGGGCAUGCGGUGUGUAAUCACAAAAGCGAGUGUCAGUGUGAGCCCGGCUGGUUGUCUCCUUCGUGCGACGCCACGGACAGAACGUUCCGCUCCAUCUCGGAUGGAGCGACCGCCGCCAUCGCAGUCGUAUCCGUUCUUGUGAUCUUGGGGGUCAUCAUUGCUGUUUUAGGGAUCCUCUGGAGAAAACGACACUCGUGACGUUGUCGUUAAAAUGCUGACUAAGACAUACGGGUGUUGAAACGUAUUCAAUUACGACUUACGAUUUUAUAUACUCUAUACUUUAUUUUGUACACAAGUACUGUUCCGUUUCAUUGCCAAUGACUGCACCUUCUAAAUACUAUUGACUGAUUGCAGUUGCUUUUAAUACAAGAAAUAUAUAUUUGUACAUUUUUUCUGAAUAAAUCUUCUCGGCUGAACCUUA